CCCUCAUUCCUCGUGGUGUAAGAUAGUACAAAGAGCAUCGUUCACCGGUUGUAAGCCUCGCGGCACGCUCAGCAAAGAGUAACUCGUCCCCUUCUUCCAUGGAAAGUUCGCAAUUGGCACCUCGUCUAGUCUCGUGACCUCAAAGUCCUUAGGGAGGUCUUCUUCCGGGUUCCUUCUAAUCCGAGACCAUUUCCGUCAAGCACGUGCUCACGUGUUACACACUGCCCAGUCAUCGGGCUGUAACAUUCCAUCGUUCUUCGCAUCCACGAUGUUGUCCACCCUACGGAAUCAACUCAAAUCCCGAGCAAUCAUAGCCCCUUCCGCUUUCUGUACCCAGCCCAGAUCCCGUCCCUCAACUAUGCCCUUUCGCUUCUACCAAUUAAAUCGCUCCUCCACUCCACUUUCUCCUUUCACUCCAUCCCAACGACGCUGGUCCUCAGGAAAUCCUUCCAAUUCGCCGCACCCCACAGAAAAAGCCAAUAGCCGUCUUAUCUGGGCUCUGAUUGGAAUCAACGCUGGCAUCUACCUCUACGCUGGCUAUACCCAAGUCCAAUAUCAGCAAGGCUUUCAACAACCUCUCAUCAGCUUCUACGAAAACAUGACUUUGAAUCUCAGCAGUGUCCGGGAUGAAGGGCGGUGGUGGACUAUUCUUUCCUCUUGCUUCACCCAUAUGAGUUUCAUGCAUUUCGCCACCAACAUGGUGGGGGUGUAUUAUUUGGGACAGUUUCUUACUGUCACACCUGGUAUUAGUCCCGGAAGACUUCUCACACUGGUUCUUGGGUCCGGAAUUACGGGAGGCAUUGGUUACUUGGCGCAAAGAUCGAUCCAAUCCGAAGGGGUGCGUGAUUACAAACGUGCGUUGGGCUUCAGCGGUGCGGUCAUGGGGGUUGGAACCGUGGCAGCUUGCUUGUAUCCUAGAGCUAAGGUUGCCAUAUACGGAAUCGUCCCUGUACCCCUCUGGCUGCUAAUGACGGGAUACUUAGUGUACGAUGGAUUCUAUCUGAGCCAGGAAGGAGCACGUGUCGCGCACGCUGGACAUUUAGGCGGACUAGCUUUCGGCGCCGUGUAUUUCCUCCUGCGUUUACGUGGGAUCCCGAGGAAUCCAUUCAUGUAGUUGUGAAAAUAGCGCAUGCUCGGCAACAGCUAAGAUAGUGUUUGUAACGAUUGUAGUCUGUUCGACC